UUACACUUGCCUUGCGACGAGCGAGUGAAAUGAAGGAGAAGGUUAACUAUCUCAGUAGUUGUCUUAAUGCAUUUAAAGGUCAAGUUCAUAAAGAUAUUCUUGUUAAACCUGGAAACAAUGGCCCCUCAAUAGCAGCACACAAGUCUCUUCUGUCAGCAAAUUCUGUUAUUUUCAAGUUCAUGUUGGAUUCGGAUGCGUGCAAAGCUCCCCCGGGUCACACAAUAACACUGGCAGAGCUGAGCUACGUGGAGCUGCAUGCUCUCCUUGAGUUUCUUUAUCGCGGAGAAUUGCCUAAAGAGAAAUUGGAAAAACAUGUCUACACAUUGUCAAUUGCAGCAGACAAGUAUGAAAUCAAACUCUUGCAGAAAUACUGUGAGCACCACAUGUUAGGAUCUUUGAACACAUCGAAUGCUCUUGAGCUUUUGGAGAUUUCGGAGACAUAUAAAUCUUACUCACAUUUGAAGGUGGAGGCCAUGAUCUUCAUCAUUAAGAACGUCGAGGGCAUUGUCUUCACACCUAAAUUUGAUGCAUUUGCAGUCGAGAAUCCUCAUUUAGCCGUUCAGAUUACAAGAGCUUCUGUCAUCACUAACAAAAAUAAGAAACAUAAAGUUUGACCUAUGCAUAUGAUAUAUGUGUUGAGAACAAUGAGAUCUCUCUUG